UCAUUCUAAUAACACAACGUUUGCCGGCAAUUUCUAUGCAGUCGUUAUCUGUUAACGUAGUUUUCUGUGAUAAAAUGUUGUUCAAAGCCGUCUUUAUCAUGGUGAUACUCGCCAUGUUUUUGGUUGUUGACGGCAGAGAUGAGGAGCACAACGGUGUGGUAAAACGAGGGACCUUAAACAAGACAAACCAAGACUUAAAGGCGCUCAGCGAUGCCUUGAAAUUAUUGACGGAAAGGGUGAAGAUUGUGGAAUCSCGGCGAGGUUAUUGCAAGGACGGAGCACCGGGUAAACCAGGCAAAGACGGACGCGAUGGUCAACGAGGACUACCAGGGCAGCAAGGACGAGAUGGUCGUGAUGGCCAACAUGGCGCCCCAGGACCACGAGGAAGUCCUGGUUCGCAAGGUCCACGUGGUGCUCAGGGACUAAGGGGUCUCCCUGGCCCUAAAAGUGGUGGUGUUCAGUACAUACGCUGGGGGAAGAACUCGUGUCCUUCUGGUGCUAAACUCGUCUACAAAGGUUACGUUGGAGGCGAGCAUUACAACCAUCCCGGUGGGGGUUCCAACUAUGUAUGCCUGACAGAAUCCCCCAAGUACGCGAGCUACAACGAUGCUCAUCAAAAAUGGUCAGCGUACAUGUACGGUGCUGAGUAUCAAACUAAACAAAGCUACAAUCCAUUUUUAACCGACCCCUAUAACCACGACGCUCCUUGUGCUGUAUGCUUUGUUCCAAACCGUAACGUCAAACUGAUGAUCCCGGCAACAUACGAGUGUCCCGCGGGAUGGUCCAGGGAGUACUGGGGAUAUCUCAUGGCAGAGCAUUGCUAUCAUAAAAAUCAGAAAGGUUUCAUUUGCGUUGAUCGUGACCCAGAGGUCGUCAAAGGUUCAGGACGCGAUCACGAUCAGGCUUUGUUGUAUGCCGUCGAAGGGAGGUGUGGCUCUCUGCCUUGUCUUCCUUACGUCGAAGGACGAGAACUGACAUGCGCAGUCUGUACCAAGUAAAACUGGAGCAUGCUCAGUAAUUCAAUUAGUUAUCAGUUCAGCAUUAUAUUCUGAAGUAAUAAUAAAAUACUGUAUUUACAAUGUAUGCAAAGGUAUUGA